AGGCUGCGCGCGGGACACGCGCGGCGACACGGGAUAGACUGCUGCGCUGCCCCACCGCCCAUCCGCGCGCGCUAGUCGGCUGCCCUUCCAAACCGCCGAGCGGCAGGCGUGGCCGCUGAUUCUAGAGCCUGGCAGCGGCGCGCAGCCGCCGGCUGUCCCUCACUCCCAGGCGCAACAACCUUGCGCCCUCGCAGCCGCUGCGUCCCGCGAGACCUAUGGGGAGGCAGGGAGUCACUUCGGUUUCCCCUUCAGCCCACGUGGCCCUGGGACACCACCCAGGAACCCAGGCGGGACUGCGCUGGGAGUCCCAGUAGCGGGGUUCUGAUCCCCGCACGCGUUGCCGCGGCCUGGCGAGCCUCCUUGCGGCCUCCCAGCGCCGGUGGGGUGCGUGCGCCGGGGGCAGAAAAAUCAUGUCUUCCUCCAGAGUGGGGCUUCAUUUGCCUGCCUGUUUACUAAACAUUUCAGAAGCCAGAAGAAAAUACAUUGUUGAGAACACAGCAAAAGUAGCUCUUCUUGACAAAAAUGGGAAGAAACAUCCUUUAGUGUCAGUGCUCAAUAUAUUUUCUGAUCAAGACUACAAUAGAUCAGUCAUUACAAUAGCAGCUUCUGUUGAUCAGUUGGGCCUUGCUGAGGAUCUGGUGCUGCACGUCUUUGGUGAAGCUGACAUGCCUGAGAAGCACAGCCUUGUCCAGAGAAGGAAGCAGCUGGGCUGGUUCAUGAGGAGGGAUCCCAGUGCUCUUCAGCCUGACCUGGGAGCUGCCCCUGCCCGAAGAUGUGGUUUAACAGCUUGCUUCAGGGCGUUGUGA